UUGUAAUUUGUAGUUAGUAGUUUGAACUGUUGCAGUUGUUGUUAUUUCUCACGAAUUAUUGUUGUUCCAGCUUAAUGAAGAUACAUUAAACGGAUGUUGGGCUUACAGUUAUUACUUUCGUUUUGAGUUCUGGUUUUAAUUGUCAAAUAUUGUUUCAGUAUUAAUAAUUUGGUAUUGAAUCAUUUUGAACCAGUAAGUUUUAUAAAUUGACUGACAAGUUUCAUGUACAAUAAAAUAAAUAUGGAUUUGGAAUGUGUUCUGGCGAGUUCAGUGAAUAGAAAAGAUGAAAUGUCCGGGUCUACAAGUAAAAUAAUAUGUACAAAUGGUUCAACCACUGAAAAAAAUUCAGAAUUAAAUGUUUCUAAUAAGCCAAUAGAUGUUAAACAAAGUGACACGGAUCAAAAUACGGACAUUUCUGAUAGUGAAUCUACUGUAACCAUUGGCGAAAUUAGCGCUGAUGAAUAUUAUGAUGAAAUAAUAUAUGGUAAACAACCUGUUAUACAUGAAGAAUUGUAUAGUACUGAUCAAAAUGAACAAAGUGGAUCAUCUAAUUAUAUCAAUGUUGUUAACAAUGAUAACAGUGAUAGCGAUCGACAAAAUCUUGGAGCAGAAGAUUUGAUCGUUCUUGAUAUAAGUUUGGCAUUACCAACUAUCACAAAAGCACUUAGACGUGUUCGUGUUCAAACUCUUGAACAACCUAGACAUCGUAGGAGUCAUGGCCGCACGCUUGAAAACACAGUUUGUCACAGACAAGCAUGCAAUAAUGUAGUUAUGCCUGUUACACCUCGGAAUAAACUGAGAGCAGCAGCUAUUAAAGCAGCGGCUAAAAUUGCUAAAUCUGGUACGAAAAGGAAACACCCAAAUAACAAGAGGGUUGGUACUACAGUAUAUUAUUCUUGUGGCCAUCGUGAAAAAAUUACCGGAACUCCAUUGAAACAUAUUGGUAUAAAAGCGCCGAUGAAUAUGAAAGAAUCUCGUUUAUUGGAUCAACGCUUAAUGGAAACUAAUUUAUAUCUUGUAAAAUUACCAGCUGAACUUACUGUUGAUCAAAUUUUAAAUGAUUUCAGAAGUAAGACAAAUUCGUCUGCAACUUCUGAUCUUAGUUUGGAACUUGUAUUCACUGCUUUUAACCAUGCAGUACCUGCAUGGUGUUUAUAUUUCAUUGAAAAACUUCAGUAUGAUGAAGUUCUUAAAAUGUAUCCUAAUCGUCAAUUGUCUGAAUUGUAUGGUCUACCUCAUCUCUUCAGGUUUAUUACAUGCCUCCCAAGGUUGUACCAAAGAAUGAAACCUAAUUAUACUGAAUUUAACGUACGUGUUACUGCAUUCAUGAAUGGACUAAUGGAUUAUUUGGUUGAGAAAAACUUACGUGUUGACAUUGAAAAUGAUUAUGUGCUUAUAAUGCCUGAGUACCACCAAUUGACUUACGGGCCCAUGGAAAAUCAGACAUAGAUGUUGAUCAGUAUCAAUUUAAUUUUAAAAAUCAAACAUUAAUAUUACUCUUAUAUUAUUUUACAAGUACAAUUUUGUAUAUUAUUACUAUUACAUUUAUUAUUUAAUAUUUUUUUUAAAUUGAUAUUAUUAAGGCAUUCCAUUUACAAUUAGGCAAUGUAUAUGUACAACAUAAUUCCCUUAUUUCAAAAAUAUUCUUAAAUUUAUUUUUCUUAAUAAAAAACAUAAAAUAAACAACAAUAAGUAUUUAACACGUUGAUGGACAGUUGCCGAUAUUACUGCUAUAGCAGUAAUAUUAAAUGUUGAUGUCAGGGGUCGUUUUUAAAUAUUACUGCUAUAGCUGUAAUAUAAAAACCGUCCAAAAAGUGUCAUUACUGCUAUAGCAGUGAUAUUUUCAAUGGUCUCUUAUGAGAGAGGAAGUUUUACUGACCCCGGUUAGGUUAGGGGUAAAUGAAAUAAUAAACAAUAUUUUUGUGUGAGUAUUCUUAAUUAUAAUUUCGAGUUAAGAGUACUGUUAGUUACAAAUUAUAUUUAAAUAUACGUUUUUAAGUCAAUUUGUAAGUUUUUAGUUUUAAAAGUUAUUUUCAACAUAAACUGUUUAAGAAAUAGAUACCAAUAAUUUAAUUUAACUAAUUUUCAUUCAUAUUCUCUACAAAAUUCAGCAUAUUAUUAUUUGUUCAAAACAAUUUAACAUUUUGUAUUACUUAUAAUUUAUAAAAUAAUGUAUAAGUUAUAAGUUAUAAAACAUUAUUUUAUACAUAUAAAUUACAACCUUUUUAAUUUUAAC